AUGUUUUCAAGGCUUUCUUUAUUUCGAAGGGCAGCUCUGGCUCCUGCCCCUUUGAGAAUGUCUUUUAGGACUAUUUAUCAAAAUACCGAGGAUGACUUGCCUAAAAGGAUUGUCCCGAAGCUACCCACAUUUUAUUCGGCGAAUCCUAACCAUGAAGAUCGUAUCAAUCGACUAGAAAGACUUUUAAGGAAAUACAUAAAACUUCCAUCUCAGAACAACAAUGAAGUACAACAAACGAAGGCUCCUUGGAUUUCUUUUGAUGAAUACGCCUUAAUAGGUGGUGGUACGAGAUUAAAGCCCACACAAUAUACUCAGCUUUUAUAUAUGCUGAAUAAACUACACAACAUUGAUCCUCAGCUUACCAAUGAUGAAAUCACAUCCGAACUAUCCCAAUAUUAUAAGAAGAGUUCUAUUUUUUCAGAUAAUAUCAAGGUCAAGACUUUAGAUGAGUUUGGGAGAAGUAUGGCCAUUGGAAAGAGGAAGAGUUCCACUUCAAAAGUCUUCGUUGUCAGAGGCACAGGUGAGAUAUUAGUUAAUGGUCGACAAUUUAAUGAUUACUUCCUUAAAAUGAAAGAUAGAGAAUCAAUCAUGUAUCCACUUCAAGUUAUUGAAUCAGUUGGAAAGUAUAACAUCUUUGCGACAACAUCUGGAGGUGGACCUACGGGUCAAGCUGAAUCAAUCAUGCAUGCCAUUGCGAAGGCUUUGGUUGUAUUCAAUCCAUUAUUAAAGUCAAGAUUACAUAAAGCUGGCGUUUUAACAAGAGAUUAUAGGCACGUCGAAAGAAAGAAGCCAGGAAAAAAGAAGGCAAGAAAGAUGCCAACAUGGGUCAAGAGAUAG